AUGUUCGUCCGCGGCGCCAUCGCGACGCGACGGCUGCUACAGCCCCAUGCGGCACACUCGCUACCCUCUUUUGCGCGGAGCUUCACGUCGACCCAGCUCGGCCUGUCACCAUUCGCCCCGCUCGCCCUCUCCCGUGCGCGCGUCCCGACUCUGUCCCGUUUCCAGCCACUCUUCCAGUCCCGGUUCUCCAGCUCCUCCUCUGGCCCCUCUGACCCCUCUGGUCCCUCUGAUCCCUCCAAGCCGCCCCGCACGAAAUGGAAGUAUUCGCGACACGGCCUAAUGUCACCUACGUUUGCGCAAAACCACCCAUGGAUCGCCAGCGUCGUGCGCCUCUGCAUGGCCGUGCUGGUUGGCUGUACAGUUCUCGUCCUCAUCGUACUCGUCCACGACGCCUUCACCUAUAACCAGAAACAUCUUGAUCGCGUCCCCGUCAACCCUCUCGCGCUGUCGCCUCGCCGCGGCGGACCCAAGAAUCUUCCCAUCAUCGAGGUCAACAUCGACGACAAGGAGAGCGACGAAAAGUCGAAAUGCUCUGGCAAGCCACGCCUCGUCAUUAUUGGCGGCGGGUGGGGCGCCGUGAGCAUCCUCAAGACGCUCCCUCCCACGGCUUAUAAUGUGACCUUGAUUGCGCCCGACAACUAUUUCUGCUUUACUCCCCUCCUUCCCUCGGCAUGUGUUGGUACUGUGGAAGUGCGCACGAUUGUUGAGCCUCUGCGCCGCCUCAUCGCUCGUGUUCAUGGUCAUUUCUUGCAGGGAUCAGCGAUAGAUGUCGAGAUGUCCGAACGGCUGCUCGAGGUUGAGGUACCCACUGCUGAGGGACCUAUGCGCGGGUACGUCCCGUACGAUAAGCUUGUGAUUGCCGUCGGAUCAAAGUCGAACGAACACGGCGUCAAGGGCCUCGAACAUUGUUAUCAGCUCAAGACGAUUCCCGACGCCCAAGCCAUUCGCCGCCGGAUCAUGACCAACCUCGAGAUGGCGGCACUGCCCACGACCACGCCUGCACAGCGCAAGCAACUGCUCUCGUUCGUUGUUUGUGGCGGCGGCCCGACCGGCGUCGAGUUCGCCGCAGAGCUCUCGGACAUGCUCAACGAGGAUGUGCUCAACUACUACCCCAAGCUCCUGAAGGACGACAUGUCCGUCACCAUCAUCCAGAGCCGCGACCACAUUCUGAACACGUACUCGGAGAAGAUCUCAGAGUACGCCGAAAAGCACUUCAAGCGCGAGGAUAUUGAUGUCGUUACGAAUGCGCGUGUUGUCGAGGUGACAGACAGCUGUGUCCGCAUCACGGUCAGGGGUCACGAUGGCGAAUUGACCGAGAAGGAGGUCCCGGCCAGCCUUGUACUGUGGAGCACGGGCAUUGCGAUGCAGCCGUUCACCCGGCGGAUGGUGGAAAAGUUGCCAAACCAGUUCAACAGCAAGGCUGUGCAGGUUGACCCGUUCCUCCGUGUUGAGGGUGCGCCGAAGGGCUCCAUCUACGCGAUCGGCGACGCGUCGACAAUCCACCUGAAUAUGCUGGCGGACCUGCUGCUGAUCUGGGAAAAGUUUGACGACAACCGCGACGACAAGCUGACCUACGACGAGUGGGAGCUCAUGGCCAAGCACAUCCAGAAGAAGUAUCCCGUCACGUCCGAGUACCUUGCCGAGAUCCGCGACGUUUUCACCGAGUUUGACAAGGAGGAGCGCGGCCACCUGUCGCUCAACCAGGUCGCCGACAUGUUCGUCAAGAUGACGUCCAAGGUGACUGUGCUCCCUGCCACUGCACAGGUCGCCGCACAACAGGGCGAGUACCUUGGCCGUCUAUUUGGCAAGAUGGAGCGUAAGAGAGAGACGCUCGAGGUCGAGGACAUUGACGAGCUCGACGACGUGGAACAUUACCACCCCUUCAAGUUCCUCAACCUUGGGUCGCUGGCGUAUAUUGGCAACUCUGCGGCAUUCGAUGUCGGCGGGUACGGCAGCGCCGGAGGCCUGGUGGCCAUGUACGCCUGGCGCUCGGUGUACUGGAGCAUGCAGGUAUCGAUGCGGUCGCGCUUCAUGCUCAUGCUGGAUUGGGUCAAGCGCGGUCUAUUCGGGCGCGACCUGUCCAAGUUUUAG